AUGACACACAAUCCACAGCAUCAACAUCACCAUCUUAUGUACUUGACUAAACCCACAUCUACUACUACACCUAUGGUCCACAAAGUUGACAAGUCAUCCAUCCCACGACCUUACAAAUGCCCAAUGUGCCCAAAAUCAUUUUAUCGCCUUGAGCAUCAAACUCGCCACAUUCGCACGCACACUGGUGAAAAACCACAUCAUUGUAGUUUUCCAGGAUGCGAAAAACGUUUCUCACGUUCCGACGAAUUAACUCGUCAUAUUCGUAUCCAUACCUCACCUCAUCGACGAGGUGCACCACGCGGUGUUGCCAAACCUCGUGCCGCUGCCACUACUACUACCACUACUAUCUCACGACAACGCCAUCAACAAAAGCAUAAACAACAUAGCAUGAAUACAACCACAACCAACAACCACAACAUCAGCAGCAGCAGGAGUAGCACAACAACCCCACCAUCACCUGCCCUGUCGUUUCAUUCUGAUUCGGAGACAGAGGUUAUUAACACGCCUGGUAGCUCACCUACCCUUGUUGCUCGUAACAUUGCCAAGCAAAACAGCCUAAUGGAUCUAUUGGAAAGACCCCCACAAGCUCGUGUGCUUCCCCCAAUCAACAUGGCACAAGCGCCCCUGCUGCCAUCCAUCCACUCCAUUUUUCCAUUCUAA